AUGACCAACAACCAGAAGAAGCUUGUUUUCCUUUCAUUUGUAUUUGCAGUUAUUCUCGUGUCUAUAACAAGAGCUGAGGAAACAUCUAAAUAUCAAACCAAAGUGCAAGAACCAAAGGAGAGUAGUGUGGAUCAACUUGGUUUCAAUGAAGAGUCUGGAGUUGUAGGAUCAGAUCAAGUCAACAUGAAUAAAGGAGGGGCUUACAAAGAAGAUAAGCAUAUAGUUGAUCAUCAUCAUCAUCACCACGACGGUUAUUUGAAGGGAGACGAUUGGGAUUGGUAUGUACAUGAUCCCGUCCAAGGUGGUAUGUAUUGGGGAGGACGGCGCGGUGGUGGCAGUUGGGGCUAUAGCGGAGGACGUGGCAGUGGUGGAGGUGGUGGAAGCUGGGAAUAUGGCGGAGGACGUGGUAGUGGACGCUGGAGAUUUGGAGGACGCGGCGGCAGUGGUGAAGGAGGGUGGGGGUAUGGCGGGGGUCGAGGCAGUGGUGGUGGUGGUGGUGGUGGAAGCUGGGAAUAUGGCGGAGGACGUGGUGGUGGACGCUGGAGAUUUGGAGGGGGUGUCGGCAAUGGUGGAGGGUGGGGGUAUGGAGGCGGCGGUAGUGGUGGUUGGGGAGGACCCAACGGCGAAAGGUCUCCUUGA